CGCGCGCAUGUGUGUGUGUGCGUAUUAGAUGUGAGAAGGGAGAUCAUGUGAAAUGUGAAUACUCUGCGACCUUCGCACUGGGACUUUAACCUGCAUACUGGGUUGUGUUUCUCUGCUGGUGUGUGUUGGAAACGCGCCAGUGUGAGCGCUGGAGUCUCAGAGACUGCACAGGAAAACGCGCAGCUCUGAACUUCUCUACAAGAGAACAAGUGUACUAAGUCAACUGACUGCUUUUGAUAGCUAGAGUUCUGCAGCCAUGAAAAGUCUGAAACAGAGACUGAAGAAACACGAAGCGUCGAACAGCGCCACAGACUGGAACAAGUAUGACGAGCGUCUCCUGAAAGCCGUGGAGAUCGGUGAUGUGGAAAAAGUCACCAGCACACUCAGGAAAGGUGCAAUCGCCAGUAAACUGGAUGCUGAUGGCCGCUCUUCGCUUCACCUAGCAGCAAGCAAUGGCCUUAUAAAUAGCCUCAAUGUUUUCCUUGCCCACGGAGUCAACCUACGCUCAGCAGAUGCCGCUGGUAAAACAGCACUGCAUCUUUCUUCAAGAGGUGGCCAUUCUGCCUGUGUGCAGCGACUUGUGCAGUGUAAAAGUCCUGUAGACAGCACAGAUCUGCAUGGGAGGACAGCUUUGCAUGAAGCAGCUUUUGCAGGUCACACUACAAUUAUCAAAAUGCUGUGUGGCAGUGGUGCAGCUGUCAAUUCUGUUGACAAGGAUGAUCGCACUCCUUUGAUGAUAGCAGCACAGAUGGGUCAUAGCCGAGCUUGUCAACAACUUUUAAAUUGUGGAGCUUCUGUCAAUCUACGAGACAAGCAAAAUAAGACUGCUCUCAUCUUGGCUUGUGAGCACAGUUUUCGUGAAGUAGUGGAGGUCUUGCUGAAACAUAAGGCAGACGUUACAACUGUGGACCUGCAUGGCCAUGACUUAUGCCACUAUGCCCGGCUUAGUGGAGACCAAGCCUUGAUCAUGAUGAUCAAACAAGCCUGGGAUGCAGCCAGCAAAGAGGCUUCUAAGACUCCAAAAUUACAGCAGCAGAGGUCAGUGAAUAAUGAAACUCAUGCACUUGUGAGGAAGAUAAGUGUGCAGAACGAGUAUGGCAGCCACUCAGAAAAUGGAAAAGAAAACCAAAUGAGUUAUCAUAUGGAUUGUGCACAGGUUCGACAUCAUGCUCCUCAUUCAGCAGCUUCAGGCUCAUUCAAAUCAAAGGAAGUGCUGGCUGGUGAGGCUGAUCUCCUUAAGAGGGAGCUGUGGGAGAUGAGGCGGAGGCAUAAUGCUGUACAGGAUGAGCUGCUCAGGUUGGACGCAGCUCUGGUCAUGCGCACUCAGGACUAUGAGGAGCUGAGGAGGAGCAGUGAGCGAGCAUUGCAGCAGGCCCAUGCUCGUGCUUGGGAGCUGGAGGAGGCACUGGCGGAAGUGCAGCGUAGAAUGGUAGGGUCGGAGACCAAGGUGAGGCAAAUGCAGGCACAUUUGGUAGCCAUGCGUGAAAACCUAGUGGAAGAUCUGAGAGUGCAACUGCUUGAGGCCAAAGCAGAGCUGCAUCGGGCACAAGAGGAGCUUGGCCAAAGCAGAAAGGAAGCUGAGGAGCAAAAAGAGAGGAAUGACAAGCUCCUUCAGGAGAUACACAAACUCACUGAGGAGUUGCUGAAGAAAGAGGACACACUGCAGGCAAGGUUAGCAGUUCAGGAGGCUCAGAGAACUGAAAUGGCUUGUAAGGAAAUACAAACCCCCUUGGAAUGGAAGCCUUGUUCUCCAAAAACCACCAUGACAGAUCUUACAAGUGAGAUUCUUCAGCAAGAGAUGGAUAAGAAGAGCUACAUCAGCCUAGAGGAGCAUGAGUCUGUAAGAAGCUCACUCAGUACUGCACUUCAGCAGGCACAAAGCCAGGUUCAGGAAGCACUGAUGGAGCAGCAGAAAACCAGUAAGGAAAAUCAGAGUCUCAUUAGAGAACUACAUGAGCAGAAGACAGAGCUGGACACCCUGCAGGAGGCCCUACAGGCCCGGUUUGUGCCUGUGGCUAUGCUGGAGAUGAAGGAGAAUGAGCUAGCUCAGCUUAGGCUGACUCUUAAAGAGAUGGAGAAGAGCAAGGAGAGGGAGGAUGAAGGCAAGAAGGCAAGCAAUGCUGAAUUUCAAAAGGAGUCUCAGACUGAGCAAAUAUCACAGACCAAUAGAGAAACACAGACUGGGGAAACUCCAGAAACCUCUACAGCUACCUCUAUCAACUCUAAGGAGGAGCACCUGUUACUAAAUGCUGCUGUAGGAGAAAAUAAGGAUUCAGAUAUAAUAGUGGAGGCAGAAGGCCAGAGGGCGGCUCAGAACAGCUCAUCAGCACCCAGCAGCGCCUGUAGCCUCGUGCACUCAGACUGCACCAUCCUGCAGGCACAUAUUAACAGCCUACAGCAGCAGCUAGAGUGAUGGAAAUCGUCUAGCAGUGUGUUUCAACAGUAGCUCAUGUUUAUCUGAGUGCCAGAAAAUGGAAGCCACCUCACAUCCACCUGUAAACAUGAGCCUGGUGUCUAGAGAGACCCUCACUUUAGUCGAUGAUUCAAGACUUCCUACCGACAAGCAUUUUGCCAUUUUACCCAAAUGCUGGGUAAAAUGCUACUUAAAUGCCUUCUUGCACUUAAUUCCUUACACUGGAUCUUAAUAUUUCUUAGUAUCUUUUUUCCUCAUAUACAAAGCACCAAGUUAAGCAGUUAACAUUUUUACUAAAUGUCACAAGUGUUACGUCCAGGCCAAGAACACUUUCUUAUUUAUUUGUGACGUUCGUAUUUGUAUGACAGAGAUUGGUGGUAUUUCUGACUUUAACAUGAACCCUGUAACUCUGUCCAGAAGAAUCUCACAGGCUCUCCAGCUUCACAAACACUUCCUUUUCCUUUGUGUAUGUGUUUCUGUGUCAAGGUCAAGCUUUCUUACCUUAUCUGUGAAUUUCUGCUGUAAAGAUAGAGUCAACAAAGUCUGAUGUCAUUGCUUAUGCAGAAGCUAUUUAAGAAAUGCUUAUUGUUCUAUACUUUUUUUUGCACAGAAUUCAGAGACAAGCUGAAUUAGUUACAUAAAAAUAAUCAGCAUAAUAAAUAAAGUGUACCAGGUUCCUGAUUGAAAACAACAACAACAACAUUUAACCAGGGCACACCACAGGCUCUAGUAUAUGUAAUUAGAAUUUAUGGAAUUUUGUUGACCGACUCAUAAUAAGAGCUAGUAGGGGAGUCUUGAGUAGGAAAAUUCCCUAAUGGAAGAAUGCUGUAGAUAAAUGUAGAUAAAAUAGGAAAAAACAUCCUUACAUUCUUUCUCUCUCUCUCUCUCUCUGUUUCUCUCUCUUU